UCCUAUAAAGGUGGUGGUGCUUUCACCCUGACCCUGAAAGUUCUUUGGAUCUUUCCCUGAUCUUCCUUGGGGUCCCCAGAGAGCACACUCACAGCCAACGCAGCCAUCUAGAUCAUGUCUUCCAUGUGUGGACUUCUAAACUUCAUGUCAGUCACAGAGCUGCUCCUAGCCAUCACCAUCUUCUGCCUUGGAUUCUGGGUGAUCAGAGCCACAAGGACCCAGGUCCCCAAAGGCCUGAAGAGUCCACCAGGGCCCUGGGGCUGGCCCUUCAUUGGGCAUGUCCUGACCCUGGGGAAGAACCCACACCUGUCACUGACAGAGCUGAGCAAGCAGUAUGGGGACGUCCUGCAGAUCCGCAUUGGCUCCACACCUGUGGUGGUGCUGAGUGGCCUGGACACCAUCCGGCAGGCCCUGGUGCGGCAGGGAGAUGACUUCAAGGGCCGGCCAGACCUCUACAGUUUCAAUUUCAUCAGUAAUGGCCAGAGCAUGACUUUCAACCCAGACUGUGGACCAAUGUGGGCUGCUCGGCGGCGCCUGGCCCAAAAUGCCUUGAAGAGUUUCUCUAUAGCUUCAGACCCAGGUUCUGUAUCCUCUUGCUACUUGGAGGAGCAUGUGAGCAAGGAAGCUGAUUACCUAAUCAGCAAGUUCCAGAAACUGAUGGCAGAGGCUGGCCACUUUGAUCCUUACAGUUAUUUGGUAGUGUCAGUGGCCAAUGUGAUCUGUGCCAUGUGCUUUGGCCAACGUUAUGACCAUGACAACCAAGAGCUGCUUAGCAUAGUCAAUCUGAGCAAUGAGUUUGGGAAAGUUACUGGCUCUGGAUACCCAGCUGACUUCAUACCUGUCCUCCGCUAUCUACCUAACUCUUCCCUGGAUGUCUUUAAGGACUUGAAUACGAAGUUCUACAGUUUCACACAGAAGUUAAUCAAAGAGCACUACAGAACAUUUGAGAAGGGCCACAUCCGGGACAUCACAGACAGCCUCAUUGAGCACUGUCAGGACAAAAGGUUGGAUGAGAACGCCAAUGUCCAGCUGUCAGAUGACAAGGUCAUCAGUAUCAUUUUUGACCUCUUUGGAGCUGGAUUUGACACUGUCACAACUGCUCUCUCUUGGAGUUUCAUGUACCUGGUGACAAACCCUGGGGUGCAGAGAAAGAUCCAGGAGGAGCUGGACACAGUGAUUGGCAAGAAUCGAAGGCCCCGGCUUUGUGACAGAUCUCAGCUGCCCUAUCUGGAGGCUUUCAUCCUGGAGACUUUCCGACAUUCAUCCUUUGUCCCCUUCACCAUCCCCCACAGCACAACAAGAGAUACCAAUCUGUGUGGCUUUUAUAUUCCCAAGGGACGUUGCAUCUUUGUGAGCCAGUGGCAUAUUAACCAUGACCAGGAACUGUGGGGUGACCCAGACAAGUUCCGGCCUGAAAGGUUUCUUACCUCCAGCGGCACUCUGGACAAGGUCCUGAGUGAGAAGGUCAUUCUCUUUGGUUUGGGCAAGCGGAAGUGCAUUGGGGAAACCAUUGGCCGAUUGGAGGUCUUUCUCUUCCUGGCCAUCUUGCUGCAGCAAAUAGAAUUCACUGUGUCACCAGGGGAGAAGGUGGAUAUGACUCCCAUCUAUGGGCUGACUUUAAAGCAUGCCCGCUGUGAACACUUCCAAGUGCAGAUGCGGUCUUCUGGGCCUCAGCAUCUCCAGGGUUAGACUGCUCUGUGUGGUCAAUGGAACAAAGGACUGUUCCAAGGAUUUAACUUCAGCCAGAAACACAGAUUCUGGGGUUGUGCCUGCCUCCUACUUCGGACUUGUUUCUUCACAUAUUGAUCACAGACACUGGGCACAGCAGAGGCCCACUGGAACUUCAGGGCCUUCCCAAGCUCACCAGCAACUAGGAGGUCUGAAAUGGUAAGGAGGUUCCUGGGUCUCAGAGCUCCCCAGGUGCUCCAUUGGCUGACCAGUUUGGAAAAUGCUUAGAGCAAGUCAUGCCAGGAUCUGUCAGGUAUAAAGGAGAAGCCCAGAACAGAGGGAGAAGACAUCUUAAAAUACUGCCACAGAGGUGCUCUUGCCAUUUGCUAGGGCUGAACAGCCUUCCCACAUGGGUCUAGGAUGCUGUCUGUGGGGAUCACCUUUAUUCAUCCUACAUAGGAAUAAGCAGGGUGCUCCUGUCCUUGCAAAGCUCCUAUUCCUAUUCAGGAAGUGCUGGGUCUUGUGUCUAGGAAGAUCCAAGAACAGAGGGAACGACUCUCUGGGCAGUAGGACCAGGUCUAGAGUAAAGGGACGACUCUUAAGACAGGGCAGCUUAGGCUGCCUCUGAACUUGCUGUGUAGCCAUAUUUUUUUUUCUGGUUUUACUGACAUACAAAGUGCUAGGAUACAGUCAUGGACCACUAUACCAUCUCUUGGUCUCUCUUCUUUACUGUAUAAAAUGUUCAUUUAAAAAAAUGUUUGUACCUAAGACAUUUUUUUGGCCUGUAUUUUGUUUAUGCAUUUAUAUUAGUCAUAUCUUAAGAGCUUUAGAUCAAUGCAUUUAAUACCACAGAGAAAACGCUAACUCAAGUAUCCAGAAAUAUGUAGGAAAUACCUACCUGAGCUAAAUAAAAUAUUACCUGAUUACUACACA